AUGUCUGACAAAGGGCCAGAUUUAUGGCUCGAGAAGAUCAAGAAAUGUCAAGCUUUGACGGAGUCUGAAAUGAAGCAGCUCUGUGAGAUGAUGAAAGAGCUUUUGAUGGAAGAAUCCAACAUUCAGCCUGUCCAAUCGCCCGUAACAGUAUGUGGUGAUAUUCAUGGUCAGUUCCACGAUCUUUUGGAGCUAUUCAGAACUGCUGGAGGUUUCCCUGACCAAAUAAACUACAUAUUUCUCGGCGACUAUGUGGAUCGAGGCUAUUACAGUUUGGAGACAUUCACUCUUUUGAUGUGUUUGAAGGUGAAGUAUCCAUCCAGAAUCACACUCGUAAGAGGUAACCAUGAAUCGAGACAGAUUACACAAGUUUAUGGGUUUUAUGAGGAAUGUUUAAAUAAGUAUGGUUCUACUACCGUAUGGAAGUACUGUUGUCAGGUGUUCGACUUUUUAACUUUGGCUGCCAUUAUAGAUGGGAAGAUCCUCUGUGUUCAUGGUGGCUUAUCUCCUGAAAUCAGAAUGCUAGACCAAAUUAGGGUGCUUUCAAGAGCCCAAGAGGUUCCUCAUGAAGGUGGGUUCUCAGAUUUGUUGUGGAGUGACCCAGAUAAUGUAGAAGCAUGGCAAGUUUCGCCUCGUGGUGCAGGAUGGUUAUUCGGUAGUAAAGUGGCAAGAGAGUUCAAUUAUGUGAACGGAUUAAGUCUAAUCGCAAGAGCGCAUCAACUAGUUAUGGAAGGUUUCAAGUACCAUUUCCCGGAGAAGGAUGUCGUGACUGUAUGGUCAGCUCCUAACUACUGUUAUAGAUGUGGUAAUGUGGCCAGUGUUAUGAAAGUUGAAGAUGAUCUGGAACCAACAUUCAAAAUAUUCUCAGCUGUGCCUGAUGACUAUAUUCAAGAAACAAACCAAAACAACCAAAGAGGUGGGUACUUCUUAUAG